AUGUGCGUAGAAGAUGUCGAGAAGCUCUUGAAUGACCGACUUCGAGACUUAAAGAUCGGAGGAGAUUUCGAAGAUGCUCUGCACAAGGAGGUGGACCUAGUGAACUCCUCACUAUUCACAGUUGAGAUCGAACAAGCGGCUCCACCAAAGCGAUUCUCAACACCUUGUUUCACACAUUUCAAAGAGAAUUAUGAUCCCGAGAGCUAUCUGAAGCACCUCAAAAGUGUUAUGAUUAUUUACAAGGCCAAAGAUGUGCUGAUGUGCAUGGUGUUUAUCAUGACCUUACAAGGAGCAUCCCAUGAUUGGUUUCAUACCCUACCAUCCCGAUCAACCAACAACUUCAAGGAGGUAACAUUCAUCUUCACCAAAAAGUACACUUUUUAUCGGACGAUCAAAAAGAACUUUGACCAUAUGUUCAACUUGCACAAAAAGCAUGAUGAGUCCCUUAAAGACUACAUCAAGACAUUCAAUGUAGAAAAAGGCUAA